CUCGCGAUCGAUCUUGAUCUUACUUUAUACAGCCCUAUCAACUCUAUUCUACUUCCUCACCUCAUCACCAUGGAUUUCCUCAAGAAAGCUGCCGAAAAGGCCACCGGCGGAAGCGAGCACAAGCAGGAGAACAAUCAGCAAAAUGACGACUAUGUUGACAAGGCCUUCGCUGCCGGUGCGAAGAAGUCUGGUUACAACCUCGACCGCAACACCCAGGAGAAGGUCACUGAUGGUGCCCGCGAGGCUUACGAGAAGUUUACUGGCAAGAAGGUUUCUGAGAAGAUCUCCAACUAG